GACAAUUAUUAGCCAAUCAGAAGAAAGUUGGUGUAAAGUGAAAAUAUCCCAUUCAUUUUUCCCGUUUUUUUGUUUAAUAAUUUUAUUCGUUUUAUAGCAUCAUGAAUGCAACUGUUAAAAGACCGCUUGGGUUAUUGAUCUUAUUGUUUUGGAGUUACUUCUUCACUUCGCUAGCUCGGAGAGCCAUACAGAAUAUAUAUCCUAUAAUUCCAGUAGAAUAUAAAGGAACUAAAUCAAAUACUCAUUUAGGUUCCAUAAUUACUGCUCAAACAUUGGGUUAUACAGUUACCAAAUUAAUUGGUGGGAUUCUUAUGGAUCACUUAAAUCCAUUACGAAUUUUUGUUUACUCUCUGAUUUCAGCCUCAGGUUCACUGUUUCUUCUAUCAGUCUCAUCUCAUCAAAUAGUUUGGUUAGUAUCCUAUGGAUUAAUCGGCUUAGCACUUGGUUCUAGUUGGCCAGCCAUAUCAAAGACACUUCGUACCUCUGUGGCUUCUCAUGAAUUAGCCACUUGGUGGGGAUUAAUAUCAUCGUCUUCUAACCUAGCUGGUUGUAUGGGUUCUUGGAUAUCUAUCGUUAUUUCUUCGUAUGCAACAAUAUUUCUCGGUGAUUUAGCAUGGAGAGCUCCGUUCAUUUUUGUUGGAGCAUGUUGCAUAAUAUCAGCUUUACUUCUCAAUGUUUAUCUGCGUUCGCGAACCGUUGAUACGCUAAAUAAAAUCGACUCUAAGAAUAUACCAACUAAAUAUUUUAGUCCUUCUAGAGUAACAUUAUCUAACCAAUUAUUUGGGAAGCAUCUCAACUCAGAUGUAAAACACAAAGGCUGUGAUGAUACUUGUCAAAGUUUAAUGUCCACUUCAAAAUUGGAUCAAAACAGUUAUGAUACAAGUAAUCAAGAAAAGUGUUGUAAUGAAAAAACUAGCCGAUUAUCGAACAACUGUCAAGAUAAAGAUUUUACUGAAAAUCACGAUAAUGGCGUGACAAUUCAACCCGUUAAAGUGAAUAUUACUAAUCAAAUAUCAAAAUUGUUUCGUAUUUUAAGUCCAAGACAACGUUUAUUGUUGGGUACCUCCGCUAGUGUUCACAUGUGCAGUACAUUUUUACGUUAUGCAAUAGGCGAUUGGAUUGCAAUUAUGCUUUUGAAUAAUAAACAUGGUUACUCACAAAGUACCGCUUAUUUAGUUGCCAGUAGUUACGAAUUCGGUGGAAUAUUUGGGUCUAUGUUCGUUGGAAUAGUAGCUGAUUUGAAUGUGUUUUCUAGAGUAUUUUCAUGGCCUAGUCGUCGGAUUCCAUUAAUAAUUAUACAAAUGUUAAUUGCUAGUGGUACAUUAUGUUGUCUAAGUUGGAUUACCAAUCAUAAUGCUUCUUUAGACUUGAUACAAAAAAUUUGUCAAUUACACUUAUCUGUUUUCGUUAUUCGAUUUUUAUUAAUCAUGAUGAGAUUCUUCCUCUAUAUUCUAAACAAGAGUAAAAUAAGUCAAGUUUUAAAUAUGUUUUGCUCUUAGAAAUCUUUUAUCUUUGAUAAUAUUUUAUAGUUUAAGAUCAUAUAUAUGCUCUACUAGUUACGGUUUAUGAAAUUGUAGUGAUUAGUGAAAUGGUUAGCGAUCAUGAGCUAUGCGUCUCAUGUUACAUUUGAUCUCAUUUUAUAAUCCUGUCUAAAGUAGGAUCAUGUUUAAAACGUAAAGGGGAAUAUUUCGAAACUUAUCUAAUAUCUCUUCCAAACUGCAUAACUAGAAUUACUAAUAUAAAAUUUUUAACUUUUAUACAGUAAUAAUAGGAGUACAAACCUCAAGAACAAUUCUUAGUGUAAAUCACUGUCUAAAUUUAUCCGAUAAUCACUGAUCGUCCUACCAUGGGACUCACCAGCAAUGCACACCCGUUCCCCUUCAAGAAUUGAGCUGUAUGUCUCACUCUGGAAGCCUGACUUUUAGAUCACUGAAUUGACGUCUAAUUAUUCAUAUUUCUAAUUUCAAUCAAUUCAUGAUAUUGCGCGGCCAUCAUCCAUUGUCAUCAGUGAUACACAUCUCACGAUAUGAUUCAAUUACGUUAAUUACAACUACGGGAAUUUCUGUUAAGGUUACCCAUUGGUGAGCCCAAGGUCAGUGGAAGAUUGCUCGAAUAGAACAGUUUACGGCAUUUAUGAACAUGUUUAUUAAAGUUUAUUCAUUUAUGAAAACCAUUGGAUAAUCUGAUUGGAUUUUCUCUUUAACCUUUUCUUUUUAGACUAUACUCCUCAUUAUCAGCUUGGUACUUGGUAUUACUGUUAUCGGGACAAUUGCUUUAUGUGGUGUUUUAGCUGUUGAACUUGCUCCACCUGCUUUUAGCGGUACUGCACAUGCGUUGAGUGCUUUGAUUGCGAAUUUUGGGGCUAUAUUGGCUGGUUACCCAUUUGCUGUGUUGGCUGAACAUAUCAACUGGUCUGGUGCCUUUCUUGUAGCUGGGAUAGUAUGCGGACUUUCAGUUAUUCCACUUUCAUGUUUUUGAGAUUUCCAACUCAUAUGUUCUUUUAUUAAUGUAGAUUAUUUUACAAUUGUUUUUAGAUGAUGUGCACUUUUUUUCAUUUUUAACAUUUCUUGGUAUUACACGUUGAAUAUCAGAUGAAUUCAAACUUUCGUGGUUGUGGAAUUUCCUGUUUUUACACCAAUUUUGCAUUUCAUGGAGUUACAAAUCCAUACUAUUGCUCCGAAUUAUAUUUUUUGCCAAUGGGAGUGUUUACACUUUAUUUUCACUCAAAUUCAAAUAAACAAUGUCUCU